AGUGCUCUGUGGUAUGUGAAUGAGGUUCAUUAGGUGUCUCAGUAGUCGCUACUUUUUAUAGAUUGAGUAAAAUCUGAUUUACAACCGAUUAGUCCGGAGCCAAAGCUCACGAAUGUUAUGAUGUCCCUAUAGAAUAUUUUUUUCAUCAAAAAAAAAAAUAAUAAUAAUAGUUGAGUGACUUCAACCUAUCCCCUCAUCAUCCCUUUCCCUUUCUAAAUGAGAUAAAUUCUCUCCCCCCACUCCCCAAGUCCCCCUCAAUCUAAAGAGUGCAAGAGGUGAGCUCUUGUUCGGACUCCGAGUGGAAGUCUCGUGUAAUGUGGACGUUUCAGGCCCCCCAAACUGUCCAACAGCCACUUUACCUCCCAAAACAGCUCCAUCACCACCCAACAACCCCCCGUCUCUCUUCCCACCACCAGACCUCCGCCACUCUCCGCUCUUCAACCACCACCACCACCACUAACAACAACAACAACAACAACCAGUUAGUUCAAUCUCUGUGCAAAAAAGGCAACCUCAAACAAGCCAUCCAAGUCCUCUCUCACGAAUCCAACCCAACCCAACACACCUACGAGCUCCUAAUCCUCUCUUGCUCGCGCCAAAGCUCCCUCUCGGACGCCUUCACCGUUCACCGUCACCUCCUCGAUGAUGGGUUCGAUCAAGACCCUUUCUUGGCCACUAAACUCAUCAACAUGUACUCUGAUUUGGACUCCGUUGAUCACGCACGCCAGGUGUUCGACGAAAUUACUAACAAAACUAUAUUUGUUUGGAAUUCGCUUUUUAGAGCUCUCACCUUGGUGGGUCAUGGCGAAGAGGUGUUAAAUCUCUACCGUCGGAUGAAUUUGACCGGAAUUCCUUCGGAUAGGUUUACAUACACGUACGUGCUCAAGGCUUGUGUUGCUUCAGAGUCAUUGGUUUCGUUGCUAGGGAAAGGAAGAGAGAUUCAUGCCCACAUUUUGCGACAUGGCUACGAGACCCAUGUUCAUAUCAUGACUACUUUGGUAGAUAUGUACGCAAGGUUUGGGUGUGUAUCAUAUGCGAGUCAUGUGUUUAAUGAGAUGCCAAUGAAAAAUGUGGUUUCAUGGAGCGCUAUGAUUGCAUGCUACACGAAGAAUGGAAAAGCAUUUGAAGCGUUGGAGCUUUUUCGCAAGAUGAUGCUUGAGAACCACGAUUUACUUCCAAAUUCAGUGACAAUGGUUAGUGUGCUCCAAGCAUGUGCAGCACUCGCUGCUUUGGAGCAAGGUAGGUUGAUACAUGGCUACAUACUUAGAAAAGGACUUGAUUCAAUUUUGCCUGUUAUUAGUGCCCUUGUGACUAUGUAUGCAAGGUGUGGUAAUCUUGAAUUGGGGAUACGUGUUUUUGAUCAGAUGGAUAAGAGAGAUGUUGUUUCAUGGAAUUCCAUGAUUUCAAGUUAUGGGAUUCAUGGAUUUGGAAUAAAAGCAAUUCAAACUUUUGAACAGAUGAUUCACCAAGGAAUAUCUCCGAGCCCUAUAUCUUUUGUUAGUGUUUUGGGGGCUUGUAGCCAUGCUGGGCUAGUUGAAAAGGGGAAGUUUUUGUUUGAAUCUAUGGUUAAAGAGCAUAGAAUUUAUCCUAGUGUGGAGCACUAUGCUUGUAUGGUUGAUCUUCUUGGUCGUGCCAAUCGAUUAGAUGAAGCAGCUAAAGUGAUAGAAGAUAUGCGGAUUGAACCAGGACCAAAAGUUUGGGGCUCUCUCCUUGGAGCAUGUAGGAUACAUUGCAAUGUUGAGCUUGCGGAGAGAGCUAGCCGAAGACUUUUUGAGCUUGAGCCCACUAAUGCUGGGAAUUAUGUACUUCUGGCAGAUAUUUAUUCAGAAGCUAAGAUAUGGGAUGAGGUACAGAGAGUGAAGAAGCUUCUUGAAGCUCGGGGACUUCAAAAAGUGUCAGGUCGAAGUUGGAUUGAAGUUAGAAGAAAGAUAUACUCAUUCACGUCGGUUGAUGAAUUCAACCCACAAAUUGAACAGAUUCACGCUUUGUUACUGGAACUAUCGAUGGAGAUGAAGGAGAAGGGUUAUGUGCCAGAGACCAAAGCCGUGCUUUACGAUCUUGAUGCGAAAGAGAAGGAACGGAUUGUACUUGGUCAUAGCGAAAAACUUGCAGUUGCUUUUGGAUUGAUUAACAGCAGUAGAGGGGACACCAUUAGGAUCACCAAGAACUUGAGGUUAUGUGAAGACUGUCAUUCUGUCACCAAAUUCAUUUCCAAGUUCACAAACAGAGAGAUUCUAGUGCGAGAUGUGAACCGAUUUCACCAUUUUAAAGAUGGGGUUUGUUCAUGUGGAGAUUAUUGGUGAUCUUGCACAAACUUUAGCUAUGAUUUUUCCCCUCCUAGUCAUAAAAGCUUACAGAGAUUUUCUACAUGUACAGUUUGCAGCAGUGGGUUAUAUGAAACAACUUAUCUGCUUUACUAUAGUUUUGCUAUAAAUAAAUAUGAUGUUUUAUCAUCAAUUUUAAGAACAUUUCAUGUGCUUUUAUGUUUCAACUAUGUUUGAAUUUUGUUUCUAAUAUAUUGAACUUGUUCUGAACUA